CUCAAGAUUCAGUCAAUUCAAACACUUAAGACCGUUUACACUUACACCUCCAAGUCCAUCACAUCCAUCCACAAAAUGAAGGCUUUCGCAUCCCUCGCUGUCCUCGCUGCCUUUGCGGCCUCGGCCGCCGCCAGCCCAGCUGGUGUCUCCGAGAACAUGAACAUCCGGCGGAGGAUCACGGCCAAGCUCUCCCUCUGCGAGGCGGCCAACCUUCAGAACUGCGAUGACACAUUCGUCCCGAUUGAUACCUGCUACCGGGUGAAUGAUUGCACCGUUCACUCACUUAACACCGGGGGCCACAUCUGUGACUUUUACUCUGAGAGGGGCUGCGGCGGCCACAAGUAUCAGCACUGGGGCAUCCAGGAGGAUCUUCCGGACGGUGUCCUCAUCCGCUCCGUUUUCUGCUGGUGAACGGUGAUAAGGAGGUUGAAGGGAGUGAAAUGAUGAUUCUCUCCUGUCGGUUCUUACACUGGAUUUUGCUGCGGUGGGCAUGGUGUCAUUCUUUUCUAAAACAACCAUUUGUGAAAGAUGAUGGAUGAGCAACGGCAACAAGUUGUGAGGGCUCGUGUCAUUCGAGGUAGAGCUGGACUGC